AUGACCGAGAGGAGAAGAAGACAGGACCUCACUCAAAAGUUCAUAGCACUCGCCGCCACCAUCCCCGGCUUGAAGAAGAUGGACAAGGCGACUGUCCUUUGUGCGGCGACCGAUUACGUGAAGCGACUUCAAGAGCGAGUGAGAGAACUAGCCCAGGAAGCGGUUGAGGUUCCAGAAAUGGAAGUGAGGGUUCUGGAGAAUGAAGUUCUGGUUCGGGUUCAGUGCGAGGGCCGACGAGAUAUGAUGCGGAAGACGGUGGAACUCCUUGGACACGUUCAUCUCUCAGUCUUAUGCUGUAACUCUCUGGCUUUUGGAAACUCUGCUUUGAGCAUCACCAUUGUUGCUCAGAUGAAGGACCAAUACAAGAUGAAGGUGAAUAAAGAGACAAAGGAAGGGGGAUUACGAUAG